AUGCCGAAAGAAGGCGGACGGAAACUGAGAAAGAAGUCUCGACCGUCCGGAUCUCAGAAGCGGCGUGCGCCGGUGGUGGACGCCAAGGGCCAGUUGGAAAAGUGGGCUCGUUUGGAGGAGACUUUGCGGAAGAAGAAGAAGCAGGGCAGGAAUCUAGAUUUGCACCCGACGGAAGCUCUUCGAAAAGCGAGGAAGGCUUCGAAGCACAAAGGCCGGAACAGGGCCAUUCUCGACGACUGGGAGAGUUCUACCGUGGCAGUAAGCAGUAAGCCAUCCGCUCCGAAAGAAAAAAGAUUAACAAUCAAAGAGCUCGCCCGGCGCGCUCUCCAAGAAGCACAAGACUAA